AUGGCUCAUAUAAUUGAUGAAAUUUGGCAUCUGAGAAAUAGAACCACAUAUCAGGAGGCUCAAAUUGAUAUCUUUGAUUCUAUCAAGCAAAUUCAACUUAAGUUCCAAGAAUUUUCCACUUUGAUUACUUUGGAGACACUCCCUACUGCUCAAGCAAAGCACCUAUUUUGGGAGCCGCCUCCCAUUGGCUGGAUAAAGCUUAAUGUUGAUGCGGCCAUAACUGAAUCCUUCUCCACUCUUGCAGUUGUGGCUAGAGAUCAUAAGGGCACAGUCAUUAAAGUUUGGUCCAAGCUUCACCAACCUUGCUCCCCCAUUGUUGCUGAGGCCUAUGCAAUCCUUUGGGCAAUGCAACUUGCAAACCAUGAACAAUGGAGUCAUGUUCAAAUCGAAGGAGAUGCAAAGCAAUGUUUUGACCCUCUUUCAGUUGAAGAUGUCCCACCUGAUUGGUCUAUCAGUAAUAUUAUUAGUAGUAUCUUAAGUCUUAAAAUUUGUUUUGUGAGUGUUUGUUUUCGUUGGGUCAAUAGAGUGUGCAAUGCUGCAACUCAUGCUACUGCAAAGCACUCAGUAGCAUCUAAAAUGUCUCUUUAUUGUAAUAAGGACAAUCUUCCCUAUGUGGUUUACUCUGCUUGUAUGGAUGAUUGCCUCCACGUUCCUUUAUUUUGA